CCGCCUUGUUUGGCCUUUCACUAACCGGCGGCAGCUGAAACAGCAACCCUACGGGAUUCAAUUCGAACUUCGGUUUCAUUUCAAGCUUUCGCAUCCAGUGGUCUUCCCCUUCUUAGGCUCUGCUAAUUUUUGUUCUGUGCGAAAUGAGUACCGUUCAGGUUGCUUUGCGAACCCUUGGUGGAGGCUUAUCGCGGAGAUUUAAGCAACCUUCGGUGCUCAGAAACCUCUCCACAAACGCCGCUCGUGACAGUGGCUUUGAUGAUAAGGGAAAACCUGAUUCGUUUGAGUCUGCUGAUGACUUUGAACGUCGGAUAUUCGGGGGUGUUUCUGCGGGCGAUUCCGGAAAUGAUGCUUUCUUUGAGAAGCUUGAUAGACUUGGCAAACCUCGUGAAAGAAUAGGUUCGCGACUGAGUGGAGGAAACAAUUUUCAGGCGCUGUAUGGGCUUGAUGAUAAUCUUAACACGCUAUCAGAUGGGAUGGAUGGCAAGUUGAAGAAAGCUUCCACUUAUUUUGAGUUUGAUACCGAGGAAAUUGCAAAAGAUGAUUAUACAUUCAGAGCAGAUAUGUCUUUUAAGCCUGGAUCAACAUACGAAAUCAAGGAUCUGGAUCUAACAAAGCCAGGCGUACGCAAACCUCCAAAAAGGGUUGAGUUUCAGGUGACAACUGAGGAGGUCUUAAGAAAAGCUGAUUUCAGGAAUGUUAGGUUUCUGGCAAACUUUAUUACGGACGCUGGGAUCAUUAUCAAGAGGAGCAAGACCCGUAUUAGUGCCAAGGCACAGAGGAAAGUUGCGCGCGAGAUCAAAACUGCACGGGCAUUUGGCUUAAUGCCCUUCACGACAAUGGGAACCAAAUCAUUUGUUUUUGGAAAAACCAUGGAGGAUCUUGAUAAGGACUAUGAGUAUGAAGUUUUCGACAACAAUGAUGGAGGACACCCGCUCGGAUCCUAGAGACCAUGCUUUUAGAUGGUUUGUGAAUUAUUUCCCUCACCCUUGUCUUUGAUCCAACCAUUAUCUCAAUCAAACAUUACAUGGCUGAACUUGUUCUGAUUGCUGAUUAUCAUCCUGCCUCAAGUCCCCAGAGUCCAUCUUGCAAAUUUGUUCAUGCAGGAAGAUAUUUCAAAAACUUCAUAGUCAUAGCCUUCUCAUCGAGAUAUUCUUUAAUUUUGUUUUAUAUAUUGAUAUUCUGGUUACUAUAAUUUGCGUAUUUGUUUUUCAUCUACCGUAUAUUAUGUAACGAUGAGGUAACUCAUCAGCCAUAAAUUGGAACAGUUUGUUAGUUUUCCUCCAUUGACAUGUUAGGCAGAAUUAAAUGAUGGCUGCUUUUGUUUCGAAUCAAUGGCAUAUUAACAGAA